ACGGUGGCCCUAUGCCAGUCCUUCUGCAGCGGCUACACCUACUUUGGCCUCGAGUACGGGGGCGAGUGCUACUGCGGCAACAGCUUCGGUCUCGGCUCCACAGCCGCCGCUUCCGCCACCGACUGCAACAUGGCGUGCGACGGGAACUCGGCCCAAACGUGCGGCGGGCCCAGCCGCUUGAGAGUCUGGAGUAAGGGCGGCGUCGCCCCCGCGUACCCGUCGACGGUCCCGAGCGUGGGC